CACUUUACAGCCGUCAAUCUCUGAAACGAUAUUUCAGCGUCAACAUGACUCGGUGUCGCGUCUCAUUAAUAACUCUGUGAUCCGUGGGCGCGGAACUGCUUGCUUGAACAUGAAUUAGGCAGUAGUGUAGUGAUUCAUUAAAGAACUAUUUGCGGUAAACAGAAUGCAAAACGAAGGUUCUAGUGAGGGAGAGACUACGGUUCGGAAAGCGCUGCGGACUCCGAAGUGCGCAAGAUGCCGUAACCACGGAGUCAUCUCGUGCUUGAAGGGGCACAAGAGGCUGUGUCGCUGGCGGGACUGUCGCUGCCCUGGCUGUCUGCUGGUGCUGGAACGUCAACGUGUCAUGGCUGCUCAGGUGGCACUGCGCAGACAGCAGGGUGCUGGCAGUUCAGACGCUCGCGACGGGGAAGCUGCUGCUCUAGCCGCCCGCAAGAGAGCUUACCGCGCCCGACUGCGGUGCAUGCAGAUGACCAGGACAUUUCCAGUACAGCCAUCCAUCUAUGGUGACCGGCCAUAUUCAAAUGAUCCAGCUUGGAAUGAGCGUGUCCGUCGGCGCAGGGCUUUCGCGGACGUGGAAUUAGACCGUGGAGCUGCGCCCUUGCCACCGCCACCGCCGGGCCCACCAGCUGCGCUACUCUGCAGGAACCUACUCGCAGCUUUACUCACCACCUACGCUCCCAUACCCCCUCACAGUCAGCCUCAACGGCAAAAACUAUCUUUCUCCAUAGAAUCCAUAAUAGGCGUACAGUAAUUUUUCUGUUAGUCAUUACAUGGUUCAAAAUACCAUUUUCAUGCAGGACAUUUCU